AUGCUUCACGUAUGGGUAGAAGAGUGCAGCAGAGAAUCUUCUGCCACUCCCACACCGGAUAAAUCGAAGGGAUUGAUGACGUGGCUUGUACUCGAAUACAAGGACGGGACCGAUGAGCUGCCAUUGCAUACAUCAAAGGCACUUCCUCCGUCUGAUCCACAGACAAUUUAUCGCCGCACGCUGAAGAAGCUUGGUGGCCCAAUUGAGCUUAACAUUGCAGGCCUCAGUACCACCGUCGGCUGGGCAAUUUGGAUUGAUGAAGACUUUGUGGUAUCGUGGUUUAUACCUUUCACAAUCUUAACGAUCUCAAUUGGCAUUUUCGUCUUCGCAGCUCGGUACACCGCCGAUGUGGGCACGCCAAAGGCAAAUGUAUGGAUGAUUAGCAGUUUCCUGAUAGCGGCUGUGGCUCUGUCGUUCAACGCGUGGGUAUCGUGA